AUGCGGCUUCUUGCAGCCAUCACCGUUCCCUGGGUCAUCGUUCCCUGGGUGGUAAGAAGUCAGGAGGUAGUCUUCAUCAAGACUACCAGUGGACAGUACUUAGUGGAGGAUGACUUAGGCGACGUCCGUUUGAGUCCGCUGGGAUGUGACGAGGAGUGGUGGAGCCGUGGCUGGAAGGUUGAGAAGAGCGGAUAUAUCGUGUCUGUGACGACUAAGGGCUGUUUGUGCCGGUCAUCAGAAGCGAGUUUGCCGACGAACGUGGUCCUUUGUUCUCGAGUGUGUCAUGACCGGUGGCAGCUGACGGGAGAAGGGAACUUGUGCCUGGUGGGAACGACGGUGUGUCUGGAUUACUAUGACCUCGACACGAGUCCCACGGCCCUGAUUCUAGACGACCGGAUCUCUAAUCGCACGGCUACCGCCGGUCUGGUGCGACCGGCGCUACCAACUUUCCAACUGAGUAGACGGUCAGAAAAGGCGCUGGCCACCCAGUGCGACUCAUCGCACGCAGAUGGUCAAUUACAGGCUCACUCAGGGGAUGGAGAGCACCGUGACCUUUUAGGUCGUGACCUUUUAGGUCGUGACCUUUUAGGUCGUGACCUUUUAGGUCCUCCGUCAUUCUUGCAGGCGGCUGGUGAUACCUCUCUGUUCACUCAGGCUGGAGCAGAAAUGGACGUGCAGCUGAAGGCGAUACAGGCAAAAAUCCAGGAGGAGCAAGAACUGGUUGACGACUUGAAGGCUGGAAUCGAUUCUGUUAGUUCCCUUCUCGAAAUGGGGCCCGAAGACAUCAAACCUUUCUAUGGAAUCGGUCUUCUCUUUGAACUAUACCACCUGGGAGGGGCCGCGCCAUUUCUUAGAACCACGAUCAACCAGGAGCUGCUAGCCAACUCCAUCAUUGAAAGCAAUUUAACCCUUCCGGGGGACUCUACGGCCAUGGCGGGUGACAGCAGUGAUGACUGCGAGGGACCGGUUGCCAGUGUUUCUGCCAAGCUGCUCCGGAAAAUCGGGGUGUCGACCAACGGCCAGUAUGGCUACAGGGUCAGCGGCACGCUAGCCAUACCCCCCUCAUCUGCAAGUGGUAGCGCAGUAGGUGGGUCGUCCACUGGGUCUUUUACCGAGUCUUCGGAUUACGUGUUCCAUGUGAGGCACCUGACGGGGGAUUUGAGGAUCUACGUCUUCGACCAGUGUGUUCUGAAUACGUAUAUAGGCGAGAUGUCAUCGGACCAGAUGGCGAGUGGUGGGAUAUAUACGGACCCCUUUAGUGUAUCGGCUAGUGGUGGGUACAUGGUGGAUAUCCAACUGGUAAGUCAAGGUAAAUAUUCUACGUCCUACUUCCAAUUAUGUUUGAUGAAGCAACCUUCCGCGACAGACCCAGCCACUACAAGUGCGUCGACGACCGGAAUAAUUCCAGUUGCGGUGGAUACGGAGCAGUUGUACCCCUCGAGUUCCCUACCGGUCUGCGGUUUGAAGAGUCACACCAAGUCCAUAACAUGCUCUCAUUCCUUUUACGACGUGCUCUCAGCAGACACGGUGGCUCAGGUCCUAUGUCCUGCCGCCUGCUCCGAAGCUAGCCCUUUACCGAGCUACGGUCACAAGGAGUGUUUGGGUAUGAGCGGACCCGUGUGUGCUACAGCUGAGCGACUGGGAUUUAUCGGCACACAGGGAGGUACUGUCAAGGCUCGUAAGAAGAACCGAUAUCUGCCGGUCCUUAAAAGAGAAGAGAAUCCUGCUGACCAAAGUUCUUCAGCACAGAGUUCUUCCAACUCCGGUUCUAAGGAAAAGACUUCUUCCCCGUUAGAUGCACCGAAAUGGUUGGAGGGGUCGUCAUCCGAAGUUUGUGUGUCUCUUUCAGAACCGGACCUAACUGGUGCGGACUUUGUAGUGACCAAUGUGAAGCCGAUAGCGUUGAAAGAACUUGACAACAAGGCUGCCGUGGCUGGGGUUUUGACAGACGCAGAAACGCUGCUUAGCUUGGAAUAUGGCGACGGAGUAUCGGCCCAGGCGGUCAGUGACGUAGAGGUGAUCUGCGAAGGAGCAGAUGAUGUGUCUGCCGACUCCGCCGCAGGCAUAAAUGACCUGGUCAAGGUCAACGACCGGGUCAGCCUCCGGCUCCUUAGGUCCACCAGCUCCUACCCAUCGGUCUCGAAAAUCUAUUUGGACCGAGUAGCUUGGGAUGAAGAGCGCCUGGCGUCCAGAUCAAUCCGGUCGGCGGUGCCCGACUCGACACCCUCUCCUUUGAACGGCUGGUCGAGACUUACUUGCAACGACCAGAGCGUCUUGUUACAGGUUCUCACCAAAUCCGCUGCUGUCGACUUCCCCUCCGCUCAACUCAUGUGCUCUACGACGUUUAAUGAUUUAUAUAACGCGCCAAACGGAUCCAGUGGUGCCGGUGGUAGUGGUGCCGGUGGUAGUGGUGGGUCCAGCGGUAGUGGUGAUGUGUUGACCACCAGUUUGGUUGUCACGUGCCCAAAAAACUGCCAGGAAGCUGAGCCGCUGGUUUCUGGGUACGUGAGCUAUACGGGAGAGUCCCAAAUAUGCGCUGCGGGAAUUCAUAGCGGUUUCCUGGGUAAGGAAGGAGGGUACUUACAGAUUGUGCCGUCACCCUCUCGUUUACCGGAGGCCUUUGAGGGAGGCGAGCGAGCCGGCAUUAAAGCCGUGAAGGUCGCGCCUCUAGGGGAGUCCAGUGCUGGGACCUCGACCUCGGGGCGGGCGUUCAUUCUGGACACGCCGAGGGGAGAGCUUUGUUCCUACCCACAGGUGAUGGUAGGUGCUUUGUCCAGAGGAAAAGGUUCGGGGAAGUGGCAGUUGCCCAAUGGCACGAGCAUGUCUCCUCCCUCACCGGACACGAAUGAAGUGUUGGAAAUGAACGUCGGCGCUUUCCAGCAGACCAGUGGACACACAGUCAGCUCGUCGCUUGUCGAAGUGUCUCCGGAGCUGGUGGAGAAAGCGAGAACGGACUUUGCUGUGUUGUCUGAGGAGAUUGCAGACGCUCAGCUGCGACUUCAGGAGCUCCAUGGCACUCUUUCUGCGGUGAUGGCAGAUGCAGUAGGCAACUCUCUGACCCUCUUGAAGCAGCUGGCCAGGCGCACGUCGAACCCGGCGAGCUCUACCGUUGUUGUCGCGGAUCUAGUGUCCACUACGUCUAUCCAAGAAAUCGCCAGCGUCUGGGAUAGCUCACAAGUCGACCACGGACCCUCGCGAUGGACUCUCGGGCCGUCGGACUCCGGGGUCUUGGGUAUCCAGCAGAAGAGUGUAGUCACAUCGAGAAACAGCCCUCAAUACGGCGCCAACUUGAUUUUCAAACAAGGCCCCUACAAAGAUCUCUUCUACCAAACGACGGUCCGCAAAAACGGGGGUAAAGCCGCGAUGCUCUUCUCCUACUUCUCCCCAACCAAUUACUUAAGCCUGGAAUUUGGUGAAGAGGGGACCGUGGAGUUGCGUGAGAUGGCGGAUGGUACUGUCAGGACACUCACGACGCUGCCCUCGUGCAGAAUGAAGACCAGCUUCCAGGCCACCGUAGGUGCAAACGGCAACAGGAUAUGGGUAGACGUGAACGGCGCGUGCAAUGCCACGGUACCCGCCACUUCCAGCAGGUCUUCAGACGCAGCAGGCUUCCUGGGGUUGGCUACAGACGGCGCCUCGGAGCCUGUGGUUUUCUCCGAGAUUCGGUUCGGUCCAGAAAUUGCUUUACAACAGUUUAUGAAUGAUCAGUUCGUCAAUUUGGAUCCGGCAUUGACGUCGCUCGCUCAGCUCACUUCGUCGUACCAAGACCCCAAAAUGUUUUCGGCUGGCGAGUCGUUCUUCAUUGGUCGCAAUGACGCUGCGCCGUCAAGCGGGCAGUUAUCCACCGGGCAGUUGUUGAACGGUCAGGAGUUAAGUGGUACUACUGUCGGUCAAGUGUCGGGAGUUGGCGGUCUAGCGACUCAGAGUGCGGAUUGCAUGACGGACGGCGUGUUAACAAUGUCGCUGGAGAGUACGGAUUGGCUGCGCAUGUCUUUUGUGUCGGAGUCGGUGCAGGAGGCGUGGGCGACGGCUGCGGGUGGCGUGGGUGUUGCCGCGAGUCGUCUGCUGCGUGCGGGAGAAUCGGCGAACCCCGGGGUAGGAGUGUUAUUGGCGACACGGCCCGUGUGUAACCGGGGGUGUGUGACUGUGGAAACGAGUGUGUCGAUUAGUUCGGGCACGCAGGCGGGAAUGGUGUACGACUUGACAGACGACUUUAACAUGCGCGCCGCCUUCAUCUCCAACGUCGCUGGGGGCAACGCUGCUGGGGGCACCGUUGCCGCCGUAUAUCGCGUUCUGGGGGGCGUGGCCGAUGUCACACGCGAUGCUGUCCCCUCCGGCGCCCGAGACGGCCACUGGCACAAUGUCACCGUGCAACUCUGCGAGGCCAACUACGCCGUCUGGGUCGACGGUCUACCCCUCCUGAAAGAACGCGACCGACGACUCAACUACGCCCCCCGCAGAAUAGGACUUGGAAUCAUGACCGGUGCCGCGCAGUGGCGAUAUUUCAAACUCAGAACCACUUCUCCCACGACCUGA